AGUCAGUAUUUUAUAUGCAGAUGGACGUGUUCGACUGCGCGCAGAGGUAUGCAAGGGAGAACACCCCAUUGAUCGUCAUCACUGGAAAGGAUUAUGGAUCUGGAUCUAGCAGAGAUUGGGCAGCUAAAGGACCAUACCUACUUGGCAUUCGAGCAGUGAUAGCAGAGUCCUUUGAACGUAUCCAUCGCUCCAACUUGGUGGGCAUGGGCAUCGUGCCAUUGCAAUUCCUGCAUGGUGAAAAUGCCGAAACACUGGGUCUUACUGGUAGGGAGGUAUACAAUAUCGUCAUACCAGACGUGAAUGACAUUAAGCCGGGACAACACAUCCAAGUACAGACCAACACCGGCAAACAGUUCCAGGUGAUUCUGCGUUUCGAUACUGAAGUGGAUUUGCUAUUCUACAAACAUGGUGGUAUCCUUAACUACAUGAUUAGGAAGAUGCUGAGUGCUAUUUAGAACAUUCCAAUUUACAACUUGUUCAGUUUGGUUUCUGGUGGUGAGGGGCAUUUUAUAUUCAUUUGUUUGCUGAUUCUCAUGAUUCAUACGUAACUGACGUCUUUACAAUAUUCCACACGUAUAGUCUAGUGAUUGUCUAACUUCAACAUAUUAUGUUUCACUGACUUGAUUCAUCUGACCUAGCAAUCUCUUGCAACUUGAAUAUUAUAUGUAUGUUUUGUUUAAUAUGUAAAACAACAUAUUAGAAUAUGAUUGGUAUGUUACUUAACAGUUAUAACAUCAAAACAUUAUUGAAUAAGUGGCUGCCACAUGUAACCAGUACGAAUAUGUUUUACAAAGACCGGGGUUGUUAUUUGAGUCAUUUUGCCCUGUUGAUUUACCGAAUAUGCAUUUCCAAUAACUUGAAAGAUCAUCACUGGACUAUAGUUGGGGUAUUUACAUGUUCACGGAAGUGACUGGUUCGGAUAACCUAUCACUGUUUGUAUUAUGCUAGGCAAUAAUAUUGUAGGUGGUCUUUUCAACAUUUAUCGUAAUUAAUUGAUUAUUGAAUUUAUUGAUUCUUGUAUUUUAUUUAGACUGAUUUUUGCGGAAUAUCAUGUUUGAUGAUUUUUAUUGCUUUAUUGAAUAAAGGUUUCAUGCGGUUGUUAUUGCUUAAAGGAGUAUAAACCAAUGACAUAUUUUAUUGUAUCCAGGAAUCCAGCUAUUUGAUUUUGAUCGAUGUUUUAUAUGUUGAUUACGUUUUUAUAUUAUUGCUCGAUUUCUCUAGCAAUGUACAUAGUCUUUGAAACAAUAAA